GCAGGCGAGAAGAAGAAGGCGGCCGUGGCGAUCCGCCAGGCGCACAAGCCGCGCAGCCAGGUGUGCCAGUGGACAGCGGGUGACUACUCCGAGGAGCAGAUGCGGGGGGAGGCAUUGGACAUGGUCAGCAGGCCGCGCAUGCGGGAGAUCACGGAAGCGACCGUGAAAGCGCGAGGCGAGGAGUUACUGCGCGACAG